AUGGCUUCAGUUGACGAAAAAGUGGGAUGGAUGUCUUUGCCCAAGAAAGACCAAUUGGCCAUCCUGUUCCUGCUUCGCUUCGCCGAGCCCGCUGUCAGAUAUUCCAGUUCUCUGGCCAGUGAGAACGAGAACUUACGCGCUUGGCAGACUUACUUGUACUACCAACUCGAGUCCUUGGACCCAACACUAUCAUCCGGGCAGAUCGUGAGGCAGUCGGCAGCGAUCCAGGCUGCUUACAUCAUAGGCCAAUGCCUGUCAUCUCUCCUUCUGAGCAAACUCGCCGACUCCCCGAGGGGGGGUCGCAAGCUGGUUCUUCUACUCGGUACGGGGGCUUCACGUAAGUGUCCACCAUCUGGCCUGGAAGCCGACUUUGAUUCCGACCUCUGUGGCUCCUUUGGUUUCAUUCGCCACUUCUACCAAGGCGUCCUCCUGUGGGGUCUCGAAGGCGUGUUCAACGGCAAUGUCGCAACGUGUCGGACGGUCGUCACCGAGGUGGUUCAGGAGAAAAAACCGUCAAUACUCAUCCCCGACUCCUCACACAGGUAUUUGUCCAGAGCAUUUGUAGGCUUCGCCAUGGCAACCAAUCUGGCCAUUCUCCUGAGCCCGAUGAUGGGAGGCCAGUUGGCCAAUCUCGCCGGUAGGUAUCCCGCGAGAUUCGGCAACAGUGCGUUCCUGAAGACCUAUCCGUAUGCUCCCCCGGCACUCGCCAAUACCGUCAUCCUCCUCGUCGCAUUCCUGGUCAUGUUCUUUUUUCUCGAAGAGACAUCUCCGCAUGUACGGAACCAUCAUGACCCCACCGCAGCCAUCGCCAAGAAGAUCAAGUCUUGGUUUUCUCCCAGACGACAGUCCACUUCAUACACACGUUUGGAUGUCGACGAGCUCUCCACGGGCGUGGAAGACGUGCCUCUCAUGGAAACUGACAGCGACGACUCGAAUGCCUUGCGGUCGCCAAGCAGAAGCAGCGCGGGCGAGGACGAUAUAGGUGGCCGGGAGACUUUGUCCACAGAGCCGAAGCGCAAGAUGCCACCAGUGCUUCCUCUCCGACGCAUGUGGACCAGAAACCUGGUUCUGAUGCUCAUCGUCUCGUCGAUCCACGACAGUCACCUGGCUGCCUACACAUCCCUAUGGGUCAACUUCCUGAGCGACCCCGUUGUCCGGCAUGCCAAGGGCGACGCCCUGCCCUUCCGGUUCUCGGGCGGGGUGGGCAUGGCCCCGUCCGACAUUGGCUGGACUCUCUCCGUCAUUGGCGUGUUGGGUUUGCCCUUGCAGUUCUGGGUAUAUCCGCGAGUAAGCCAGAAGCUGGGCGCCUUGGGAACAUGGCGAAUCUUCAUGCGAGGCUUCCCCGUCAUCUACACCAUUGCGCCGUACAUUGCCGUCGUCGGCAGACUGACGCCGUCGGUGUCGGAAGGCCAAGGCACUCACAGCAUUGCUGUCUGGGCGCUUGCAAUCUGCGUGCAGCUGGCCAUGAUUGGUUGCGCCGUCUUCGUCACUCCAUCGCAGCUGAUGCUCAUUAGACUUGCAUCGCCUCAUCCGUCCGCCCUUGCGCGCACGCACAGCAUUGCUUUUGUCUCGAGCGGCGCAGCUCGCGCUUUCGGCUCGGCGCUCUCGGGAGUCAUCUAUAGCUACGGAACGUCACACGCGUUCACGGGUUUGGCGUUUUGGAUUCUGGCGGCCGUUUCGGUAUCUGUUUGUUGCCUGACCCUGGCCUGUAGAGAGGGCGACGGGCACGAGAUCUGGCUGCCCGGGGAUGAGGAAUGA